ACACGGAUCGGAUCGUGAUGGAUGCGGAUGCAUUUGGCCAGGCGUUGGCAUGGCACCUCCAAAGUUGUCGGAAGGCCGCGAGUGCCGCUGCAACGACAACUGGAAGAUGCGGCGAAGCUUCAGGGGCAGAUUUCGGCCUCAGAGCUGCAGCGCUUGUUGUCCCGCUGCGCCAGUGCGCGGCAGGGACCCAGUACUUUGGAAACUUCCCAGGCCCUUGCCUCGGCGAUCACAGCAGAUGUAGAACUGGAGACCUUGGUGGGCCUGGGACGCUGUGUGGCCUUGCUGGCACGGAGGACUGGCCGUGACUCACCAUCGCCAAGCAUCGAACCUUUGCAAAGAUCAGUGCUACAAGCAGCCGAGGCCAAGUUCUCCAAGCUCAGUGCACCGCAGCUCCGUGCGUUGACCUGCGUGGUUUGGUCCAUUUCAGGCAGUGCAGAGUUUUUGACCUUGGCGGCGGAACGUUGGUAUGAUGCGGCCGAGGGACCGCUGGAACCCAAGGACUGGAGCCUGACGCUCAAUGCCUUCGCCAAAGGCCGCCUUCCAGCGACCUCCCUACAGGCACUGCUGCGUGAGAACCUGGAUCUCUUGGAAUCGCAGUUUGCUGCUGCACGCUGGUCCUCUCGUGACACGGCCCUGCUGGUGAACGCUUUGCAUCGGUUGAGCUGUGAUGCUCCGCAUAGAGACGUGGAGGUGCAGAGGCUUCAAGGAUUCUACGCGCGUUUGGUGACUGGUUACCAGAAAGAUGUGGAAUUUGGAGCACAGGACUUGGCGCAGCUUGCUUCAGCUUUGGCAGCUGUCUCGCAAGCACACCGUGCAGAGGUGGCGGAGGGCUUGCAACGCUUGCUGCAGCCAUGGUUGGCGCCUGGCCGGCCCGGGGAGUUGAUGGCACAGUUGUCCUUGGAAGGCAUCUGUUCCCUUCUCCAAGCCCUGCAUCGUUUGGAGCUCCUCGCCACAGCUCCUCUGGCGCCGUUGCUGCCGGCGGCGCUGCGGCAGCUGCGGCUGGUGCCGCGGCAGCGCCUGAAGCCCAGCCACCUGGGGCAGCUCUGCAGCAGCCUGACGCACGCGAUGCACAUGGAGCCGGUGGACGAUGGUGAAACUGGUGAAACAGGCGAUUUGAGGCACUUCUGCAGCUCCAGCCUUUACCCUGCCAUUAUCGCCAGCGGUCACGCCUUUCAGCCGAAGCACUGCAGUCUGGUCCUCGCGGCGCUGGCGAAGGAUGCGAAGGAUGGGAAGGCGCUAGAGGCGGCAGAGGCAGUGGCAGAGGCCAUGGUCAAGGGUGCAGCUUGGUCCUCCUGGCCCAUCCUUCAGCUGGUCUCCGUCACCGAGUCCCUUGCCUCGCUGCAGCUGACGGUGACGGCGGAGCCGGUAGAGCGGCCGGCGCGCAUUUCGGCGGCGCUGUCGAGCAUUUCGGAUCACUUCCAGAAGUCCUGGGCGGAGCCGUCCGUGUCCCGGACGGUGUCCCUUGGCGAGGCCAUCCGCCUGACCGCAGCCUUGGGCGUGACGGAGCAUCCACUGCCAAUGGAAACGAUGGAAGCAUUGGCCGCCAAGGUGGCCGCCCACAUCGACGAUGCCGAAGGGCUGCCAUUGCGGCAGCUGGUGCUGUGGCUGCGGACCAUGGAGAUUAUGGAGAUACGACAGGUGUCACUGUGGAAGCCAAUCUUGUGGCAACUGCAUCAAGCCUUGGAGGAGGAGUCAUGGACUCUACGGAUGGCCAGCCGUGUGCUGGUAGCAAUGGACAGGUUGGAAUGCUUUGCAGAGGCUGAGGACAGCAGCAUCCUCUUCAUCUCAGCCAGGGCGGCAGAACUGUUGCCAGGUUUGUCAGAGACGGCGUCGCCGUCCGCCCUGUCGCUGGCGCAGCUCCUGUUGCGGCACCUGGGGACGUUGGGAACGGAGGCAGCGUGGCGCGACUGGUUCUUGGAGCGGAUCAGCUACGCAGCCUUUGUGCUUGACCUGGAUGCCUGGAGGAAGUAUUCGUCUUGGGAGAAAUUUUGGCAGCGCCACGUCUUCCUCCUAUGUCGUCUGGCCUGUUUGGACAGCCACGGCGAUCAGCAGCGACGGUGUCAAGUGCAACGAAUGCUGAGAGGUGCUUCCACGCCAACGUCGACGUCCAACGAGCGCCUGGCGCUGCUGUGCGCCUUGAGCGCCGUGGGCUUCGACCUACGCCAGGUGGACCUGCCCGAAGCGGAGAAGCCCUGGCAGGCUGCGUUGCUAUUCCCUGCCGUAGCCGCCAGCAGCUUCCCUGCCGUGGAUGAAGUCGUUUCCCUGUCGCUGGUGCUGGAGGGGCUUACAACAGAGAACGCCGGAGAUCUGGCCUUGGCUGCGAUCCUUGCGGGUCCACCAGCCGUUCCGGUGCUGCUGGCAGCGCUGGAACGGCUGGAGAAGGUGAACGCCACGGGGAUGGUGGCGUUGCAACUUCUGCGAUUUGAACGGCUGGCGGAUCUGCCUCUGUCGACCUUGAGGAAACUCCAGGAACUGGUUGAAGCCUUCGUGUCUGAAAAAAAUCCAAUGACUCCGGGGAUUUCAGUGCAGUUGGAGUGUGUGGUUCGAAAGACACAGCGAUUCAGUCAGAUGAAGCCUGGCGACUCCAAAGAUGAGAAUGGCCUGAAACGGUUGAUCCGCAUUUGCCUGAACCUGGGCGUGCGCGUGAACAAAGCCUUCCUUCUGCUGACAAAAUGUUUGCAGAUUUUGCUGCUACCACAGCUCAGUGCCUAUCAGUACCGUGCUUAUUUGGUCUAUAUCCUGCAGGUUCUGGGAAGCGAAAGUUUUCAACUUCUUUUGGCUAAGAGUUUGCAAUCCUAUUACUACGUGGAAAAUCUGCUGUUAUUGCUCUCUGUGGGUAGCUGCCUGCCCUUCCUGAGAGUAGUAUACAAUCUCUGGAGAUUUAUUCCAUGUCCUCCCAUGGCGUCACUGAUUUCCAAUGUGGCGUUGGUUCUGACGCUGAUCUUCCUCUUCGUUUUAGGCAUUGGUAGAUUUCAAGACAGCUUGUUCCAGGUCUACACCUACAGCAUGAUGAUCUGGCCUUGGCUCGUCUUGACCUCCGUGGUGUCGCGACUCUUUAUCGAGCGACAGGCGGGUCGCAAUCCGUUUUCACCGGUGAAGGAUCUGCCGAUUUUGGGAUUCUUCGGAGCUCUGGCUGCGGUCUUGGCUUUUCUGGCCUUGAAGCAGCUAACGAUCUGCGACUGCUUAGUGCUCACCGUCUUUGACAACGUCUUGGCCGCGGCGGUGGCGUCCAUGCUGAUGGGCAAGUUGAGAAGAAAGCGGCACUUCAGAGCCAUUAAGGUCUACACCAUGAUGUGUGUUUUGGUGGUGCUGUACUUCUUGGGCGACCAAGGUUUAUCGAACAUGUCCAUGUCCUUUCCGCUGAAUGAAGCGCACAUCCUGUGGAUCGCUUCACGCUUCUUCCUGGUGACACGCUCCAUCUACGUGAAGUGGAAGUACGCCAGCUUUCAUCACACCAAGGAGCCGAGUCAUCCGCCGGAGAACCUGUUACUGUUCUAUGCCAACUCGCGACCGACGCUUCAUCGCUUUCGUGGCUUUCCGUCUCCGAUGCUCUCUGUGCUGGACUGUGUCUUUGAUUCGGGGCUGCGCGAUGUGGAACUGCAUGGCAUGGGUCCGUUGGGAACCGAGGACUUGUAUAAUCUGACAGAGUUCACCUACUUGCUGCCGGUGGCCUCGCUGGCCUCCUGGCUCUUGGAAGACCGCACCCUCUCGCAGGGUUUGUUGCCGCAGACCGGCACGACGGCCGCCUCGGCCCUGACAUUGGCACUGGAUGCCGCAGCUGCCAGCGCGGCGGAGGGCGCUGCAACCGUACAAGUCAGUGGUGGUCCACAAGAAGUGCGGGAAUCCGCCGGCUCACUGGACAUGUUGGUUGCGAUUGCCUUGGUGACCAUCUAUUGCAUCUCCAAGCUGCUGACGCCCAUGGCCAUGUCUCGGGCAAUGUUUGACCGGGCCUCGCCCAUCCAUGUCUGGAAGUAUCAGCCGCUCAUGGUGGCAGCCCCGGCCUUUUUUUAUGAUGUGUUGAGCCUCAAUAGCUACAUCUCCAAAUACCAGAUCUGUAUCUUGCUCCUACUGGCAGCAAUGAAUGCCGUGUAUCGAGCGGAUAUGUGGAACGGCUUCAAGCGGAAAUACCUGCUCUUACAGACGCAGGAUCUACAUUACCAAGCUCCUUCCACUGUCAGGCAAUUGCAGCGGAAGACUUUGCUUCAGUUUUUGGAAAAGACCUCCACGGAUGACUACGCCAACAUGCUCCUGGAGACCUCCAUCGGCCACGGCACCAACAUCCGAGAACUCGCACGCGACAUGAGCGUCAGCGUCUGGGAUCCCUCGCCCUCUUCGACAGCCGCCUGGAAGUUGGCCUUCUCUUUGGUCACCAAGUCCUUGAGGCGACAAAAGCUGCUGAGAAAGCAGAAGAUGGACACGAAACAGGAAGUGCAUCGCUUUAUCGAACACAUCGUUCAUGAGAUGGUGGACACGGCGGUGGACACGGCCGCGGGCCACGGUGCCAGGAUGAAGCUGGCAGGCUCCCUGGCACAAGUCACCGCCAAGCGCCGUGCCGUGCGGCGCCUGCGGCAGCAUGCGCUGAAUCGGCGGACGCUGCGGGCGCAGCGCCGUGCUGGGCAGCUGAGCGCCACCGCGGCGCACCUCUCCACAGCGAGCGGAACGCUGCGCUCGGUGCAGGAUCUGAAGAGAGACGUAGGGCCCAUGAGACCCUUGCUGGGUCCAGGCAGUCAGAAAGUCCCUAAGGCGCUGCCGGCGCCGGACGCAGCGGGCUCCAUGCGAAUGCAAAGCACCACGCAGUCGGUGUCGCAGCUGAAGGAUGUGAGUCAAACCCAGUCGUGGCGCAGCCCAGCCGCGGAGAGCGGCUUGUCCUUGUCGCCCUCGCAGACUCUGGAUCUGGAGUCGGGUGGCCUUUCUCCAACCAGUGCAGUUCCAACGAUCCCUGGGGAGGUGAUGACUUCGCAGAUGUCUCUGACCUCCACGGACUACCGAGAACUGACGCAUGGGGAGCCCGUCUCUGAACGGGGCGUGUGGUAUUCGGGCUACAGCAUGGCCGGGCCUCCGGGCGAAGGGCAGCUGAUCGUCUGCUUCGGCGACGCCAAGCGCGGGCAGCUGGGGGUCGAACCGACGACCGGCGCCAGGCAGAUCAGUCGCACGACUACAUUGGUGGUGGAGGAGUUGAGACACCAGGAACCGGUGCAGAUCGAGGCCGCAGGCGUGGCCUCCUUCGUGGUGGGCUCCAAGGGCCAGGUCUGGGCCUUCGGUUCCAAUCGCUCCAUGGAACUUGGAGGACGUAAGGAGGUGGCGCAAAUCGCCAGCGCGCAGCGCAUGAAGAGCGUGCGGGAUGUGCAUGUGGUGCAGGUGUCCAGUGCCAACUCCACUUCGGGGCAAUCGCACACCCUGGUCUUGGGCAACAACGGUGAGGUUCACACCUUUGGAGCUUCCAACUGUGGAGCCCUAGGACAAGGACCCGAUGUGCGACAAUCCGCACCGCUGCUGCUGCGCUUUAGUGCCCAGGUGCCUGUCAAGAUGGUUGCUGCCGGAGCCAGGCACAGCUUGCUGCUCACAGAUAGCGGCCGGCUGUUUGCCAUGGGUGACAAUACGCACGGCCAGCUGGGAAUGGAGUCAAGGCUUCAUGGCUCCUUUGUGGAUACGCCCAGAUCAGUUGAGGGUCCUCUUGGAGACGAAGAGGUGCAGGUGAAGCUCAUUGCGGCGGGCGAUAGUUUCACCAUGGCCGUCACGGAGGAGGACCAGCUCUACACCUGGGGGGCCAAUGCCAAUGGCCAAUUGGGGCUGGGGAAACUUCAGGAUCAGAUGGUGCCACAGCCCGUUCCGCAACUGAGCGGGCUUCGGAUUGGUGCCAUUUGCUGCGGUGCUUGCCAUUCCAUUGCCAUUACCAACGACGGUGCCAAGGUGUGGGCCUGGGGCUCCAACGUCCACGGCCAGCUGGGCGUGGGCGUGGACGGCGACGGCGCCGCGCAGCGGGUGAAGCCCUCGUUGAUCCCGGCUCUGAGCAAUCGCCGUGACAUGGUGAUGUGCCAGGUGACCGCUGCCUCCAACCAUUCGCUGGCUCUUACCACGACUGGUGAAGUCUAUGCAUUCGGCCUGAACAGUCACGGCCAGCUGGGAUUCCCCACCGUGAAGAGUGCCAGUGAGAUGUUCGCGUCCGAAGAGGGAGGAGAUCCUUUGACGCAACACCAGAUGCUGCAGCAAAAGGCCCUGAGAGAUCGGGCCAAGGCAAGGAACAAGGUCGAGAUGGAUCAGCCAAAGCUCUACGAGAAUGGCAUCGAGAAGCUCUGGCUGCCUGUGCGUGUGGUGUCCCUAUCGCAGUACCGGGUACGAGCCGUGGCCACCGGAGACAUGCACACUUUGACCAUUGCGCAGCACUACCAUAGCUGA